UGCUGCUGCCGGCGCGGCCGCUCCGCCCGGAUCCCUCCGCCGAGAUGCGCCGGUCCCAGCGCCCCGCCCAGCGGCGCGUGCGGAGGGGUGCUGCGCGCCGCGGACUGUGAGCCGGAGCUGCGGGGCCGCCAGCGGCGGGCCCGGCCCGGCAUGGCGGGGCGGAGGUGCGCGGGCGGGGCGGCCGCCCUGGCGGAGGCGCCGGGCUGCGGGGCGGCGGCGGCGGCGGAGCCGGCUCGAGAGCUCUUCGAGGCCUGCAGGAACGGGGACGUGGAGCGGGUCAAGCGGCUGGUGCGGCCCGAGAACGUGAACAGCCGAGACACGGCGGGCAGGAAGUCCAGCCCGCUGCACUUCGCCGCAGGUUUUGGUCGGAAGGAUGUAGUUGAAUAUUUACUUCAAAGUGGUGCCAAUGUCCACGCGCGAGAUGAUGGAGGCCUUAUUCCUCUUCACAACGCUUGCUCUUUUGGUCAUGCUGAAGUUGUCAAUCUUCUCUUGCGGCAUGGUGCAGAUCCUAAUGCCCGAGAUAAUUGGAAUUACACUCCCCUUCAUGAAGCUGCCAUUAAGGGCAAAACAGAUGUCUGCAUUGUACUGCUGCAGCAUGGUGCUGAACCAACCAUCCGGAACACAGAUGGAAGAACAGCUUUGGAUUUAGCAGACCCAUCUGCAAAAGCAGUGCUGACUGGUGAAUACAAGAAAGAUGAACUCUUAGAAAGUGCCAGGAGUGGAAACGAAGAGAAGAUGAUGUCUCUUCUUACACCAUUAAAUGUUAACUGUCAUGCAAGUGACGGCAGAAAGUCUACUCCUUUACAUUUAGCAGCUGGGUAUAACCGUGUAAAAAUAGUGCAGCUCUUACUGCAACAUGGGGCUGACGUACAUGCUAAGGAUAAAGGAGAUUUGGUGCCACUUCACAAUGCUUGUUCCUAUGGUCAUUAUGAAGUAACAGAGCUUCUAGUAAAGCAUGGAGCAUGUGUGAAUGCAAUGGAUCUGUGGCAAUUCACCCCUCUGCAUGAAGCAGCUUCUAAGAACAGGGUGGAAGUAUGUUCUCUUUUGUUAAGUUAUGGUGCUGACCCAACACUGUUGAACUGUCACAACAAAAGCACCAUUGAUUUGGCUCCAACACCCCAAUUAAAAGAACGAUUAGCAUAUGAAUUCAAAGGUCACUCACUGCUGCAGGCUGCAAGAGAAUCAGAUGUAGCUCGUAUAAAGAAACAUCUUUCUUUGGAGACAGUGAACUUCAAGCAUCCUCAAACACAUGAGACAGCAUUGCACUGUGCUGCUGCAUCUCCAUAUCCUAAGAGAAAACAAGUAUGUGAAUUGUUGCUGAGGAAAGGAGCCAACAUCAAUGAAAAAACAAAAGACUUCUUGACUCCUCUGCAUGUGGCAUCAGAAAAGGCUCAUAAUGAUGUUGUUGAAGUAGUUGUGAAACAUGAAGCUAAGGUUAAUGCCUUAGAUAACCUUGGCCAGACCUCUCUUCAUAGAGCAGCACAUUGUGGUCAUCUUCAGACGUGCAGAUUGCUGUUGAGUUCUGGAUGUGAUCCUUCCAUUGUGUCUCUUCAGGGCUUUACAGCCUUACAAAUGGGGACUGAAAGUGUGCAACAGCUACUGCAAGAAGGUAUCCCAUUAGGUAAUUCUGAUGCAGAUCGACAGUUGCUGGAGGCUGCAAAGGCUGGAGAUGUGGAUACUGUAAAAAAACUAUGUACAAUUCAGAGUGUGAACUGCAGAGAUAUUGAAGGACGUCAGUCUACACCACUUCAUUUUGCAGCUGGAUAUAAUAGAGUAUCCGUUGUCGAAUAUCUUCUUCAGCAUGGAGCUGAUGUGCAUGCAAAAGAUAAGGGAGGACUUGUCCCUUUACAUAAUGCUUGCUCAUACGGUCACUAUGAAGUUGCAGAACUUCUGGUUAAACAUGGUGCAGUUGUCAAUGUAGCCGACUUGUGGAAAUUUACUCCCUUGCAUGAAGCUGCAGCAAAAGGAAAAUAUGAGAUUUGCAAACUCCUGUUACAGCAUGGAGCUGACCCUACAAAGAAAAACAGAGAUGGAAAUACUCCUCUAGACCUUGUUAAAGAUGGUGAUACUGAUAUUCAGGACCUACUUAGAGGAGAUGCAGCUCUACUAGAUGCUGCAAAGAAAGGUUGUUUGGCCCGAGUGAAAAAGCUGUGUUCACCUGACAAUGUCAACUGUCGGGACACUCAAGGACGGCAUUCAACACCACUACAUUUAGCAGCUGGCUACAACAAUUUGGAGGUUGCAGAGUACCUGCUACAGCAUGGAGCAGAUGUGAAUGCACAGGAUAAAGGAGGUUUGAUUCCUCUGCAUAAUGCAGCAUCUUACGGGCAUGUUGAUGUAGCAGCUUUACUUAUAAAGUAUAAUGCAUGUGUGAAUGCUACUGACAAAUGGGCAUUCACACCUCUGCAUGAAGCAGCUCAGAAAGGAAGGACACAGCUUUGUGCCUUGUUACUGGCACAUGGGGCUGAUCCUACUCUGAAAAACCAAGAAGGACAAACACCAUUGGACCUGGUCACUGCAGAUGAUGUCAGCGCGUUAUUGACAGCUGCAAUGCCUCCUUCUGCCUUACCGUCUUGCUACAAACCUCAGGUUAUAAGUGUGUCUCAGACUACAGGUUCUACAGCUGAUGCCCUGUCUUCUGUUCCGUCCAGUCCAUCCAGUCUGUCUGCUGCAAGUAGUCUUGACAACUUGUCUGGUAGUUUCUCUGAACUUCCUUCUGUUGUUGGUACAAACAGUGCAGAGGGAACUACUGUUCUGGAGAAAAAAGAAGUUUCAGGUGUAGAUUUUAGUAUAAAUCAAUUUGUACGGAACCUUGGCCUUGAACAUCUAAUUGACAUAUUUGAGAGAGAGCAGAUAACACUGGAUGUAUUGGUCGAAAUGGGACACAAAGAAUUGAAGGAAAUUGGAAUUAAUGCUUAUGGCCAUAGGCAUAAAAUCAUUAAAGGAGUUGAAAGACUAAUUUCUGGACAGCAAGGACUUAACCCUUACCUGACACUAAAUACUUCUGGUAGUGGAACUAUUCUCAUAGAUCUUUCUACUGAAGAUAAGGAAUUUCAAUCAGUAGAAGAGGAGAUGCAGAGUACUGUCCGAGAGCAUAGAGAUGGAGGACAUGCUGGUGGAGUCUUCAAUAGAUACAACAUCUUAAAGAUUCAGAAAGUGUGCAACAAAAAACUGUGGGAAAGAUAUACUCACAGGAGGAAGGAGGUCUCUGAAGAGAAUCAUAACCAUGCUAAUGAAAGGAUGCUGUUUCAUGGCUCCCCGUUUGUGAAUGCAAUCAUUCACAAAGGUUUUGAUGAGAGACAUGCUUAUAUAGGCGGCAUGUUUGGAGCUGGGAUUUAUUUUGCCGAAAAUUCUUCCAAAAGCAAUCAAUAUGUGUAUGGAAUUGGAGGUGGCACUGGAUGUCCAAUUCACAAAGAUAGAUCUUGUUAUGUUUGCCACAGGCAAUUGCUGUUCUGUCGUGUAACACUGGGCAAGUCUUUCCUGCAGUUCAGUGCUAUGAAAAUGGCUCAUUCUCCACCAGGACAUCACUCAGUUACUGGGCGACCCAGUGUAAAUGGAUUGGCAUUGGCAGAAUAUGUCAUUUACAGAGGGGAGCAGGCUUAUCCAGAAUACUUGAUUACUUACCAGAUUAUGAAACCUGAAGCCACCACUGAAGCUUAAGACAAAUUACUUGUGGGGGAAACCAUAAGACUUUGGAUGUGAAGAUACCAAUGGCUGCCAUGUUGUUAAUUACAAGUUGUUGAAAAACUUUCAUCUACAGGUGGUGCGGUAGCAAAUGUGAACAAAAUACACCAUUUUUGACUUGAUAAAGCUUUAAUAAUGUACAGUAUGUUUUUCUAAAAUUUCAAAAAUGUCCUUUUUUUCAGCACUUUAACAAAUACCAUUCCAGACAAACUGGGGUUUGGCUGUACUAAAUUAUAAACAAAAAUUAACUUGAAACAAUGGUUUUAUACAAUACUACAUUGAAAUUUAACAGAAAUUAUAAUGCUCUCUACAGGAACUCAUUUUACUAAUACUGUGUUCUUUAAAACACUGCAUUUACACUGAAAAUGUUUUCAUUUGUAAAACUGUAAAUAAGAGCUUUUGUACUAGCCUGGUAUUUAUUUACAUUGCUUUGUAAUAUAAGUGUUUUAGAACUGCAAUCUUGUACAAAAUGUUUUUUCCAGAUGUUGGUUUAUUCAUCUGUGUUCUCAUGCACGAUAGAUUUGAAAAGCCAAUUUUUUUCAGGGUUUAUCACUUAUUUGUGAGGGAGAAAGCAAAUUUUAUCUGAAGAGGUUUAGAAAUACCCAACUUUAGAUUGAAUACGCAAAUUUUUGUUCUGUGUUUUUAUUUAUGAAAUAUACAUUCCUGAGAAUGAUGGGCUAUGAAAGUAGAGUGUUCCAGCUGAAUACUAAAGUGUUUUUCCACCUACUUCCUAGAGUUGCAUAUUUUAUUUCUGUAAAAUGUCGUCUGAAGUUUUUAUUUAAUUAUAGGUAUAGUUAAAGUGUAUCCUCACUUCAAGGCUAGUAAACCUUGCAAGUUACAGUUUUAGUAAAUUAUUUUCAUUGAAUGUAGUUGGAAAAUUAACCUCAAGGAGGUCUUUCUUGAGUUCCUCUUGCUUACAUUUAAGCCGGGAAGUUAAAUAGUUUAUUCCUAAUAUGAGGGCAGACAACUUGGCCUUUUUUGUAUGCUUAUUUUGGUAAAUUAAUAUACCUGUUGGUGCCCUCAGGAUAUGAGUAUUGCGUGGUGGAAAUAUUAAAAACCAUCCUGUCAUCUCCUGUGUUUGUUCCAUGUUAACAUUCAAGCUGUAGUUUAAGCAGGUGCGUAGAAGUGUGUUUAUCUGCAGUGGUUUUGGCUGAGUGGAAGUGGUCGGGUGCAAGGUUCCACUCCCUGUGCUCAGCCAGCGGUGCAAGGAGUGUGUAAGUGGGAUGAGCGGUUCUUCCACAGCAGCAGUUGCCUUCGGUAGCCCUGGUAAGCCUGUUUGGGUGGAGGAAGAGUACAAAAAAUACAACCCCCUGUUCAAGUCUCAUUCGGGAUUACUGAAUGCACCGAUCAGUUCAGUCAGCCCUAUCAUAGCUCUCUUGUGUAUUCUGCUUCUAUUCUGUCUGCAGUUUUUACCUACAUAUUUCAAAAAUAUGUAAAUACAAAUUAUAGUUCAUUUGGGGUUAAAGUGGUUAGGAGUAUAUUUUAGUUGUUUUAUAUUUCUACAUACAGGACACUGUCCCAGAAGACAAUUUGUUUGCAGGGCAUGUUAUCAUACCAUGGUUUUAAAUGUAGUAACUGGUCAAGAUAAUGAAAUCGUCUUGCUGAUGUGGUGGUUAUGUGAUUAUGCUCUACGUAAAAAAUGUAUUGAACCUUACCCAGUUAUGUGAGGAAUCUGAAUAAGAUUGCAUAACUCUUGCAGAAAGUAAUAUUGGCUAUAAAUAAAAAAAGCUUUGAUUUUUAGGUACUUUCUCCCAGCAUGUUGCCUGUUCCUUAGGUAUAGUAAUGCUGGAAUUCUUGUUCAUGCAAAAUCUGUUAAGUAUGUUUAAAACUUUUUGUUAUUGCUAAAAUGCUUCAUUCUCUAUGAAUGAUCACUUUAAUGUCUUGUAAAAUAUUGUGGUAUGAUAUCAUUUUAAGUGGUACCACAACGUUGGUUUUGUCUGUUUGGGGAUUUUUUGAGCUCUUUUUUUUUUGCAUGAUAUACCUUGCACUCUGAAGAUGGAAGCUGUAAUGAUUUGAUAAUACUGACUAUUGAGGUGAACCUUUAAUCUCUUGUGCAAUUAGUUCUGCUUUACUCAUCUUGAAGUGUCUUUACAUGUACUGUAUAACAUUCCAUAUCCAUUUAACACUAAAUAAAUUUAAUUCACUGGUUUUCUAGUAGCAUGGGAGUAAUUACAGACAUAGUGUGUCAACCCAUUGUUUUAAAUGUAAGCAUGCACAAUACUAUAACUGCAUCAUUAGAGGGGAAAUUAAUUGCAUUAAAUAUAAAAUAUUUUAAUGUGGAUGAAAAACUGUAAAUACUGUGGAAGCUUGUAGUUUGGUAUAUAGCUAACAGCGUUAGCUACCAGUGAAAAUGUUUUAAUAAUAAAUCUAGAAGUAAGCUUCAAUUUAUGCAUUUAAAACUCCAUUAUAUGGUCCAAAACUGAAAAAGAAAGCUGCUUUACUUUUCAUUUUAAAAAAACAAUGUAACCUGAAAAUUCUUUUCAGAUAACUGCAUAGGUAGCAGUAUGACACAUACGUGAGCCACAGCAAAAUUACUGCUUAGAUCACUUGUAGUAUCACAAUAAGUAAGUAACUUUAUUUCUAUAGGACCACUUACAUGAUAGGACGUUUCAAAAACCAGACUUGCAUAGAAGAUUUAAAUAGAUAUGGGCACUAGAGGGCAGGAAAGCAAAUGGCUAGUAAGAUCGAGGGUGAUGAAACUUUCUCUUGGAAGUACAACUUCUAAUAAAAUUGCUUCUGAAAAUUUCACUAAUUUAGGUUGUAAAAAAUUGAAUUUUAACUUUCCAUUCUGCUUAGUUUUUUAAAAACUGAUUAGUAUGAAAACAACUGCUGCAACUAAGCAAAUUGAAAAUGUUAGUGUUUUUUCUUAAAAACUUUACUCAUAAGUCCUUAUAAAUUACAGUAAUUUAGCUAGACUCUUCUGUUUCAUAUAACUGAAAAACUUAAGCUUGUCCAUACAAUGCAUGUUCAAGAGUUAUGUUGGCACUAAUUUUGAAUGGAAAUAACUGUGUAUAAAAGGCGUUAUCCCUGUCUUUUCUACCCUGAACUUGCUCAUUAAACACCAUGCUGUGUGUGUAUAUAUAUAUAUAUGAGUACACACCCUUGUGCAUUCUCACUCACUGUAUUCACCGGGAAGCUGAGAAAAAAGUAAAAAAGUGACUUUUUGAGCAGACCACCAUUGUCGGUGAGGGUGCUGCAGCCUAAGAACCGUUUCCCUUUUUCUGCUCAUCUCCUGAACUUAAUAAAACAGUUUUUUCUCUUGCUGGAAACAACUCCACGGGUGGCUUGCCUCCUGCCUUCCAGUAAAAAAGUAUAAAGGCUUGAUUUGUUCUUGUCUAAUGCAACAAUACAGCAGACUGUUUUCUUACCUUCAGUGAACUGGAAAAUCGGACCGAGUGAGCUCUGCCGCUCUGUGGUUCUUGGAGCUGUGCUUUUCCUGCACACAGGGAAGUUGCAGUAGGAGGUGGAGAUCCUGUCAGCAGGGGAAGUGCUAUAGUCGAGGGUGUGGAGGGAGGCGUGUGCCUCUUCUUGCCCCUCUCCAGCAAGCAUAAGCAGUGGUACUUGUGAGAGUAUCAAGGGGUUACUACCCUCUGCCUGUGGCACACUAGAUCAGAAAAAUCUGCAGGCAGCCAGAACAGAAUGCAAGAUAAAAAGAAAAAGCACGUAGAUGACUGGUUUGAAGUUAACAUGUUCUGCCCUUAAAAAGGGUAACGUCGGUAACAGAGAAGACAGACAGGAGGGGAGAGGUACUAAUAAUGACCAGUAAAGAAAGGCAAGUUCUACAGCACUGAAAAGUUAUGGUAAGAAUAGCUAAUAGGAUUAUUAGAAACAGCCAGCUUUGAGUUAAAGAGCAAACAAGUGUUGAUGUGUAGGCAUUACAGGAAUUUCAGAAUAGCUCUUCUUGAGAAAAGCCACACGUUUAGGAGACGUUGCAGCAAAUUCAAAACAUUAACAUUAGACCUGGGAAAUAAUGUGUGCAAGAAAAAGAAAUGGGAUUUAAAAACUGAAGGUAAAUGUCCUAUACAAUAGUUCCUAAAAGAAAACAUUGCUUUUGAAGUAUUAAUUAUCAGAGACAAGCUGAAAAACCACAAUAGAUAGACUACGAGUAAAUUAAAGGAUGUCACAUUAAAUUACCUACCUGGGUUCUGUCUAGUGGUGGGAUGUGUAUGGAGAGGUGCAGGUGUGGAUUUUAAUGCAGGCAGAAAAUUCAAAGGAGGAAGUGGAGGUCAGAUCCAUCUCUCCAUCUGUAAUCUCGAUAAAACACUAGAUUUAUUCAGCCACAACUCAAGUGUGUUUCAGCUGGGGUCUUAAUGGGUGGCAGCAAUGGAGAUUGCAGUGGUUUCCUAUAUGGUACAAUUGCAGUGUGCACAAUGUUACAGCACAACGCCCUGCUAGGGGAACACUUCCCGGCAGUUUUUCGGUUAGGACCAUGAAGAAUUUUCAACAGAUUAUAGCAGUAGUAUUUGCAAACCUUAAUAUUUAAAAUAGAUGUAAAUUGUUUAAGGAGCAAAAGAAAAUGCACUAGUGCCUAAGAACGUAUGAUUGAGACUUUUUAUAGUUGGGAAAAUGGCCUCGUGUCAGCUGAUAAUGCUGUUCACAGAUCUAGGAUGGUACAUGCGGGAAAGGAUUAGUACUGAAUGGUGAAGCUAAGAGAAAUAGCCCAGGAAGUGGACUUGAAAGUAGUCACUUAUGCCUGAGUUAGCAGUGUAUGGUUUUAUGUUGUCUAGCUGCUCUUCAAAAAUGUAACAUUUUCCAGCAAUAAAUUUGAAAGCUUAUUUCACAAGAAAUGUGUUCAGUUUUGUGAGGCAUAGAUCAAUAGACAUGUAUAAAAGUAGCACUUCUUACUAGCCUGAUAAAGAAGGAGGUAAAUAAAUUAAGCAGGUAAAUAGGAUUGACAUGUAAGUAGAACUGAAAUUACAUCAACAAAGGGAAAAAACGGUUUUGUUGCAAAAAUUAGUAACAGUAAAUCAAUUGGUGUAUACAAUAUUUAUGAUCCAACUGAAGAGAAUAUUGUAUGGAACAGUUUUUAAUUACUGAAAUAGUCAAAGUGGAAGCUGACAGCAGUUAAGUGUCAUUUUAAUUAACGAAAGAAUGAAUUCCCGAGCAGUCCAAAAGUGUCAUCUUUAAAUAAAUCUGUGUAUGAUGACCAAUACCAGAUAAUAGUGGUUCCCUAUGGGAGUACUUUCACUGAAGCAUUGCAAAUAUGUAAUAGAAUAAAUUAGAUUUGGGCUGGUAUUAAAGAGCUUCAUUUUUAAUAACAAACAUUCAUUAGAGCACCUGUUUUCAUAAAGUCUAGUUCAGGAUUUAGGGAAAGAACCAGGAGAACUUAGUUUACUAAAACACUAAGAUUUAUAAAUAAUAAAAAAACCUACAUAAAUCAGGGCAGUUUCACAGCUAGCAUCGUCCCAGUAAUAACAUGAGGCCCCUGAAGGACAUAGUAUAGAAGUAUAGUGUAUUUAAUGCAAGGAUUCUAAAACCAGGAAUCAGACAAUGAAAUAAAUCUGACUUCAAAAUAAGGGGACUAAUGGUAAAGCUUAUCUCAAAAGACGAGGAAUGUGAAAAUGCACCAGAAGCUUCAAAACAGGUUUUAAGAAAAUAAAUGGUUCUGCUAUUAGGACUAGAGUCUCUGAAUGGACAACAGGUUAGCACUUUACUAGUGAGAUGGAUUUGUAAAGGUGCAGAGCAGACAGACCUUGAAGA